AUGGCCUCCGAGCGGGGGGACGCCUCAGCCCUGGGCCUCCAGUUCCCAGCUGUGGUUGACCAAGGGGUGAAUACCACCGUGAAAAUGGAGGACGAGGAGCCAGAAGAUCUGAAGCCGGAGAUGAGACUGGAGGAGGGGAGAGAAGACCCUCACGCUGCCCGGCCAGCAACAGCUGGGGAGUGCCCCAGAUGGAGGACACCCCUGCAUAUUAAACAGGAACCGGAGGAUGGGCUUUCAACUCAGUCCUGGGAAACCCAGUGGCACGAUUUCCUGGGGGGAGUACAGCCCCCUCAGGUAGGAUGGGGAGCCAGGGAGCUACCAGGGACUGCGCCCUGGGGGGACUUGAAGUCCCCCAUGAUCCAUUUCGAGGGGUCCUCGUCCAGCGCCCAGCGGCCCGCGGAAGGACCGUUCAUCCACCCGCUGCCGGGCUUUGACGGAACGACUCGGCCAACCAACAGCAGGCCAGAUUCUAGGAGUGGCCGAGAGUUGAGGAAAGUGAAGGAGGAGGCGGGGAGCGAGCAGGACCCCGUCGGCAUGGAGCUGCAGCGCCUGCACUUCCGGCAGUUUGUCUACCAGGAGGCCGAGGGCCCCCGAGAGGUUUGCAGCCGCCUGUGGGACCUGUGCCACCAGUGGCUGAAGCCGGAGAGGCACACCAAGGAGCGGAUCUUGGAGCUGCUGAUCCUGGAGCAGUUCUUGAGCGUCCUGCCCCCGGAAAUGGAGAACUGGGUCCGGGAAGGUAGGCCGGAGACCUGCAGUCAGGCGGUGGCCCUGGCGGAAGACUUUCUCCAGAGGCAACGAGAGGAUGAGAGACAGGAGCAGAAGGGGCCGGGGAUGUUCCACGUGGUGACCGUGAAUUUUCCUGACACUGACCGGGCAUUGUUGGAAAAUGCCCAGAGGCAGCUCGGCAGGCAAAUCAAGGAAGAGAGUGGAGAGGAUGACCGCUCGAUGGCUGAUGAUGGGCCCGCAAGCGAGAGCAAGGAGGCUGCCGCGUGGAAAACCACUGGGCAAACAGAGCCACAAGGGUCAUUGCCGGGGAGAGCCGGAGAUGUCGGCAGGCUUCCCGAAGGGGGAGGUAUCUCUGAGGCUCUGAAAGGGCCCCAGGGAGACGCCCCGCCAGCGACUGAAGGGAGCGCUACAGGAGAGAAACACUCACUGUGUUCUAACUGCGGAGGUGUUUUCAAUCCGAGCACAGGGCUUCCCGGGCUGGACGGAGCAAAUCCUUACAAAUGCUCCGUGUGCGACAAGAGUUUCUGCCAGGUGGCGAAACUCAUCGCGCACGAACGGCUCCACACGGGCGACUGGCCGUACAAGUGCUCUUUCUGUGGGAAAAGCUUCAACCGGAGCUCAGACGUCUCCCGGCACGAGCGGAUCCACACGGGGGAGAAGCCAUUCCAGUGCACCACCUGCCAGAAGUGUUUCAGCCAGAGGUCCAAGCUGAUCGUCCACGAGAGGUUCCACACGGGCGACAAGCCUCACACGUGCUCGUACUGUGGGCGGAGCUUCCACCAGAGGUCGGAUCUCGUGAAACACGAGCGCAUCCACACGGGCGAGAAGCCGUACAAGUGCUCCGACUGCGGGGGCAGCUUCCACCGGAGCUCGGAUCUCGUCAAGCACAAGUGGAUCCAUACGGGGGAGAGGCCGUACAAGUGCUCGACAUGCGAGAAGAGCUUCCGGCAGCGCUCAGCGCUCCUGUACCAUCAAAGAACCCACACAGGGGAGAAGCCAUAUGAGUGCUCUGACUGUGGGAAGAGCUUCCGGUGGAGCUCAGACCUUCACCGCCAUCACAGAACCCACACGGGAGAAAAACCAUAUAAAUGUUCAGACUGCGGGAAGAGUUUUCGUCGGAGUUCAAACCUUCAUAGGCAUCAGCUAAUCCACACUGGAGAGAAAUCCUAUGAAUGCGCCGACUGCAGGAAAAGUUUUCGUUGCAGCUCUAGCCUGAUUAGUCAUAAGCGGACGCACACCGGAGAGAAACCAUACGAAUGCUCGGACUGCGGAAAAAGCUUCCGUCUGAGCUCAAACCUUAUUAGCCACAAGAGAACCCACACUGGAGAGAAGCCUUACGAAUGCCCAGACUGUGAGAAAUGUUUUCGUCGAAGCUCACAUCUGAACACUCACAAGAGAAUCCACACUGGACAGAAACCAUAUAAGUGCUCAGAUUGUUCCAAAACCUUUUCUGAUAGGUCCAACCUUCUUAGCCACCUGAGAAUCCACACAGGACAGAAACCGUAUAGCUGCUCAGACUGUACCAAAACCUUCUCCAAUAAAUCCAACCUUCUCAGCCAUCAGAGAAUCCACUCAGGGGAGAAGCCCUAUGCAUGCUUAGACUGUGGGAAAAGUUUCAAUCAAAUUUCCUCUUUGGUUUAUCAUCAGAGAAUCCAUACGGGAGAGAAACCAUACUUAUGUCUGGAAUGCGGGAAAAGCUUCCGUGUCAGUUCGGACCUUUUCCGCCAUCAGAAAAUCCACACCGGCCAGCGCCCUUUCAAAUGCUCGGACUGCGGGAAAAGCUUCUGCCGGAGUUCACACCUGGUGAGGCACCAGAGAAUCCACACGGGAGAAAAGCCGUACAAGUGUCCCUGUUGCGGGAAAGGCUUCAACGACAGCUCGUACCUCAUUACGCACAAGAGGCUCCACACCGGAGAGAAGCCCUACAAGUGCUCGGAGUGCGGGAAGAGGUUUAGCAACAGUUCGAACCUCAACUCCCACGAGAGAAUACACUUCACGGAGAAACCGUACAAGUGUCUGGAGUGCGGGAAAAGGUUUUGUAACAGCGUCGACCUCGCGAUGCACGAGAGGAUGCAUUUGAUAGAGAAACCGUACAAAUGCUCGGAAUGCGACAAAAGCUUUAACUGGAGCUCGGACCUUACGGUUCAUCAGAGAAUCCACAGGACUGUGGAAGAAAUGGUACUCAGCUGA